AUGCCCCGUGUACCUGCGGCUGAUGGAGGGCUUGGUCGAAGAAGAGAUUGCUGGGCUGGGGGAGUGCUUGAGCAUGUGUGCCGGACGGAGCCGCACGUUGAAGCUCCUGGGCUUUCAGCAUUUGCAUUACGAUGCACGCUUGCAGGGCUUCCUGGAAACUCGGGCGAACACAGUGCUGCGACCAUUGAUCACGGAUGCCUUCCUACUCGCGCGGAGCUUUUUGGGCCUCCGGGAGGCAGCACGCCAAGGCGCUUUGUGGCGAAGGCGGAGUAUGUCGAGCAAGCAAAGCUGAUGGCAACGAUCAUGUGGGAUGUGCUGCGGAACUUCUGCACGGGCUACUACGAGAAAGGAAAGGCCACCUCUUCCGCGAGGACUGCUGAGAGGAAGAAGAAUUGUUUGGAUUGCAUCAAUCAAGUCCUUCAAGCAGUCGUCGGCCCUGGGGAUCUUUGGUCAUCCGACAUUCGGGCAGAGUUCGCGGCCGAAGCCUAUGCUGCUUGGGGUUCGUGCAAGGGUUGCCUCGAAGCCAAGUCCUCGAAAUUGCCCUCGAAGGGAAGCAACUUUGCCAUGUACAACCAAGAGGAGAUCACCCAUGAUUUCACGACCAAGGGUCCCUUCAGAGACUUUGCCCAUGCUAUCGUGAAUCGACAACAAAAGCUCGAUGAAGUCUUCUUCAACGCAGUGGUGGAGCGAAUCAAAGAGUUUCGAAGAAACGAGCAAUCGAAUGGGCAGCCCCCCCUGAUGGAGGACGAUUUCAAGGCGAUGGCAGUCGAGCUGAAUACCAUUGCUGCACUUUGUGCAGGCGUGAGGGCCUUCUGUGCCGCUUGUGGUUUGGAAGCUCCUCCUCUUCCCAGCAAGCCUGUUCCAUGCCAAGCGGCCCAUUUUCAGCGGGUCUCCGAUUAUGCCACGGGCACCUUGCAGACGAACCGGAGCAUCGCGUGGGGUCCCUAUUUGCCCACGGGACAGCUGAGGCCAGGCAUUUUGAAGCAGUUUCAGAUUGACAGGGGCCUCAUGAGCUUUGCCGGAGACAGUCCACAAGGACCUACCUCGAAAGCGAGCGCAGUACCUUUGACCUGUUGGGAAUUCUUGAAGUUUAUGCAUGUGAUGUAUGUUCCCAUCACAGAAGCCCCGCGAUUCAUGAAGGUGCCUGGGGUGGACAGGACAUUGAACCGCGGGCAAUUGGAAGUGGCCGCAGCUGACUAUACCACCGCGAAAGCAUGCAACUUCUGA